UGAAAUUUUCAUUGCAUAACUGGGAUGGGUUGUUUACAUUUUUUAUCUUCGAUCGUUUGUCAUUGAUAUCUUUUACGUUUUUCCUUUUCAAUUAAAUCAAAUGUUGUUUACCUGUAUAAUCAGGAACUCCAGGGUCUUCCUAUUAUCUCCUUAUCGGUUUCUUCAAUCACCCGCCGAUAUUUUCCUUGUUAUUUUCUUCAACUUUGAUGUUAAAUUUCUUCCUCUUAUUUUCUUACUUAGGUGCAAGCAGAUAAAAUCAAGUUACAUUCACCAUGCUUGAAGUAAAAAUUAUUCUGUCAAACAUUUUAUUAGAAACGAUUAUUUAAUAUCAGUCUACCUCUACUUUCAUUAACAUGGAACUAGAUGCUCAAGAAAGAAAUAAAAUGAGCCGACCCUUAGAGGGACAACUUUACAAAUAUACAAAUGUUGUAAAAGGAUGGCAGUACCGAUGGUUUAUUCUCAUACCUGAAACUGGAAUUCUGGAAUAUUAUAUGCUUGAUGAAGUUAAGAAAAAACGUCCCAGAGGAGCAAUAUUUUUAGCCGGGGCAGUAGUUUCACCUAGUGAUGAAGAUGGCCAAUCUUUUUCUAUAAAUGCUGCUUGUGGAGAAGUUUAUAAAUUAAAAGCGAAUGAUGCAAAGGAAAGACAAUUUUGGGUAAACAGAAUAAGAGCUGUCGCUGAACACCAGACCAAAAGUAUUGCAGAAAAAAACCCACCAUUGCCACCACGAGAACACAGAGUCCCUUUAUCUGUUAUAGAUCUAAGAUCAUCUGCAGCUACAGGAGAUGCUCAUUCAACAUGGUAUGCUGGUUUCCAUGGUAGCAGCAUAAUAGAUGCUCAUCCUACUAAAAGAAAAACUGCCCGUAAGAAACUUAAUAACUCAGCUCAGUCCUCAACUGUACAAACUGCUGCCUCUGUGACUGAAGCAUUAAAUAAUGUUAAAGAUAUGCUACGUCAUACAGAUAUGUAUAACUCUACUUUGACCAAAAUCAUUGAGAGCCUACCUCAUACUGGUCAUGGUCCAAAAUGCUGUGAUAAUAACUUGUUACUGCUCAAGGCAACAUCUUCUGCCACAUUGCAUACAUUACAACAAUGUUAUGCUAUUCUUCAAAACCAGCAAGUUUCUGUAAAUUUUCCAAGAGCAACUGUUGAACAUUUUCCUAUUCCAUUUGAUAGAAUAAGCUUAAAUAGGAGUUUAUCUGAAAGGAGUACAACUUCUCAAAGGUCAAGAGAGCCAUCUGUAAAUAUUGAUCCUAGUGGAGAAGUAUCUGACAACGAUGAAACAGAGGAGAAAGAUGUGUCUGUUGAAGGUGAUAGGCAUUCUAUUAUAAUGAAUCUGAUGUCCCAGUGGAAGCUUGGUACAGAUUUAACUAGGGUUGCUCUUCCAUCAUUUGUAUUAGAGCCCAGAUCACUUUUAGAAUUUUUUGCAGAUUUCUUUCGGCAUCCAGAACUCUUAGUUAAAAUAUCAGAAGCAUUAACGCCUGCCUCCAGAAUGCUAUGUGUUGUUCAAUGGUAUUUGACAUCAUUUCAUGCCUGUAGAGAGGCUACAGCUACUAAAAAACCAUAUAAUCCAAUACUUGGCGAAGUGUUUCGCUGUUCAUGGAAUUUACAUGAAAACAGUGACAGUACUGUAGAAGAUAGUCUUGAAAAACUGUACAAAGUUACAUAUGUUGCUGAGCAGGUCUCUCAUCAUCCACCUGUUUCUGCCUUUUAUGUAGAAUGUGAAAAGAAGAAAAUUGCUUUAAGCUCAUCUAUUAGUUUAAAAUCUAAUUUUUUAACUUCAUGUGUUGCAGUUAACUUCAUAGGAGAAGUUUCUCUUCAUCUUUUAACAUAUGGAGAAACAUAUGUUUUCACAUUUCCUAGUGCCUACUUACGCUGUAUGCUUACAGUGCCUUGGAUAGAGUUAGGAGGGCGAAUAUCUGUAUCUUGUGCUGCUACAGAUUAUAAUGCAUCAAUUACUUUUCAAAUGAAGCCUCAACAAUCAGGUAUUCCUCAUAAAGUUACUGGUGAAAUAAAACAAGCAGAAGAGCUUGUUUACAGAAUAUCUGGUGAAUGGAACAAUAUUUUAAACUUUACUUCAGUUGAUAAUGUAUCUGAAACUCUGGAUGUUCAAGAUCUAAAAAGAUGCCACAAGCAUGUGCGACCACUUGAUCAACAAGAUACAUUUGAAUCUAGGAGAUUAUGGCAAAAUGUAACCAAGGCCAUUCUAGAAGAAAAUUUUGAAAUUGCCACGACUGAGAAAUUGAAGCUUGAGGAACUACAAAGAGAAGAAGAAAGAAAUUUUUUAUCCUCUGACACUGAGUAUAGUGGGAAGUUAUUCCAUAAAGAAAAUGAGACAUGGAAAUACAAGUAUCCCUUAUCUUAGCCUUAUUUGUUCAUUAUACAAAGAAAAAAAAACUCUUCUGAGCCUGAAAAGGAGCUUAUUCCACUCUCUAGUCCUUCUGCUAAAGUAACAGGUUGGAUACUAUAAUUCAAACAUGAUUUUGAACCCCUUCUUUGAUAUUAUGCUCACAUUCAUUGUUGUUGACAGUCUUAUUAUCAUUAAUGUAUGAAAUUAUUUUGUUUCAUCAUUACCGAGUUUUACACCUCAUUUAUUGUUUUUAUAUUUUAUACCACUGAACUAUACUACUUGCUAAUCACAUUUAGAGCUGAUAAAAUUUUCAGAUAUUUUUUUCUCAUUGUUUUUUGUGCUUAAUAAACUUUAGAUGAUGUAGUAAUAUUCAGAAGCGCAAUAUCUUUUAAAAAGAUGGAAAAUAAAAAUAAAAGGGUCAUUUUAUCAGAUUAAGAGCUUGAUAAUUUUUACCAGCUUCUAUGAAAUUUUUUUUCCAACCUCUAAAGCAAUAAAAACCUGUGAUUUCUGGUUUUGAAUUAGUCAUUUAAAACUGCCCAUUUGUCAGAUUUUUGAUUUUUUUAAGAUUUAGUUUUGCAAUUUAAACUGAUGAAAACUGAUUUGGAUAAUUCUUCCAAUGUAAUUUGCACAAAAACAAGGAUAUUUAUCAAAAAUUUAUAGCCAGGCGAAUGUAUACUCUUUAACUACCUUUCAAAAAAACUGUAUUGGUAUAAUUUUGUCAGAAAAAAUAAACAGAAAAUCUAAAUUUCUGCACACUUUAUAUCUCAAGUUGAUUCGGUGGCGACUUUGCAUUUUUCAUGCAUCAAAAGGUGCUUCCGAAUAAAGUAAAUAUCCACUAUCAGUUUAUUUGUGAGAAAUAACUAAAAUGGGUUAUAAGCAUAUUUAUAAUUUUAGCUGCUCGCGUUUACCCCUUUGACAAUUGAAUUCAGUCAAGGAGAGAAAACCCAGCUAGCUAACUUCAUCUAACAUGGCUCCCACGGGUAAGAGAGAACAGGAAAAACCUAGAAUUGUCAAAAAAGUUCAUUUUUAACUCUAAAAAGCAGGGGAAGUUGAAAUUUUUUGCAAAAAGACCUGAAAAAAUCUUAUUACCUACCAAAAAAUAACCAGUCUUAAAAUUGUCAGUUACAGUAAUCAGUUAUUGAGAUUCGAGUUAAAUUAUUCUAGCAUCCAUUACAAUUAUUUGUUGUAAAAAUUCCACAUUAUAGUGAAACUUUUUCAUGUUUUCAUCCUCAUUCAACAUUUUUUUCUCACAAACUCUAAUAUUUGAUAUUAUAAAUAAAAGAAAUCAAAGUUUCCUGAUGAAAAGCUGUGUGAUAUAGAUAAAAUAUGGUAUGGAUUUCCAUUGAAAUUUACUUGCAUUGAAUAUUGUACCUAGAAAAGUCAGAGAAUUUUUUUCUGAAAUUGAGUGGGAACUCUGUCUGAUCUUAAAAAACUUCCUCUUUGUUGCAGGCAUGUUUUUGAGAACAAAAUUAAAAUGAAUGCUCUAGUUUCUCUAAUUUUACACAUAAAUACUAAGACAUCACUGCUAAAAGGUCUUCAAAAAAGCUUAACUAUUUUUGUUUAACUUUUUUUUAACUUACUUAGCUGAGAAAUUCCAUUACUAUCCUAUUUUCUUCUCGUAAGAAUGAAAAGUUAUGCUCUAAUAUGAUUAUCACUUAGUACAGUUCAGUUCUUAGUAACAUUGUAAUUGGCAGCUAUGAAACAGUGAGCCAUUUUGUAGCAAUAUUUUACUUAAUCUAAGAAUCAUCUGCAUAAUCAUUAAAAUAAAAACAAUGAGCAUGUUAUUUUUCUGCAUUAAGUGGUUAAAAAGUUGCAUGACUAAAUUUAACAAUGACAUAAAAAAAAGCUUUUGAAUUUAAUUGAAGGAACUGUUGAAUAUAAUUUAAACUGUGCCUUUUAUUUUAAUUGAAAAAUU